AUGGCCGCAGGCUCAAGCAUUAAGGACAAGAAGAAGAAGAAGAAGAAGAAGAAGAAGGCCAAAAAGUCCGAGGACGACGGCUCGGCUGCCCCAGCCGCCGGGGAUUCGGUGGUGAAGACCGAGGAGCAACCUGGAAGCGACGAGAAGAAACUCAAGAAGGAAAAGAAGGAGGAUGGAAAGCGCAAGCGGGAGGCGGUCGAUGUGACAGCUGAGGCCGACACUCCAAUCAAGGUUGAGGGAGUGAGGAAGCUGGAUGAAGCCGAGCCCCCUAAGAAGAAGAAGGAGGAGGAGGAGGAGGGCAUAUCUGAUGUGGAUGGAAAGUCAGGGAAGCACAAGGACAAGAAGAAAAAGAAGGAUGCUAAGGGGGCCGAGCCAGAGGAGGAGCGAGUUGCGCACGAGGGAGUCAGAGCCGAGGAGGCGGAGAAGCCGAGCGCCGACAAUGCUGGAGGGGAGAAGAAGAGCAAGAAGAAGGCGAAGAAGCUCCAGGAGGCUGCCGAGUCAAUUGAGACACCAGCUGUCAAACCCGCCGCGGAGGAGCGCCCGUCCGAGAAGAAGGAAAAGAAGAAGGAGAAGCGCAAGCACAAGGAACAGGAUGGAGAUGUGGGGAUAGCUGAUGUGAGUGCCGCUCCGGCCGAGCCUAAAACUACCGAGGCCGCCGGCGAGCAAGAGGCAGCACGACCCAAGAAGAAGCAAAAGAAGGCAGAGAAGGAGAAAACGGGCAGCCAAAAGACGAGGGACAAAGCUUCGGACGCAUUCACAGACACGUCAAAACAGGAGACCCCCGCGACCGCUCCCAGCAAAGCCCCCGACACGGAUCUCGCUGAGCGGUGGAACGUCCAAAACCUCGGUGGUGGCGCUUCACGCCAAAGCAAGUUCAUGCGACUCCUGGGGGCCAAGAAGCACGGCGCCACCGCUGCCAGCACUGGCGAAGCCAAAAACGGCCCACGCAAGCGGCUCGACAUUGGCAAGGUCUCGCAGGAGCUCGAGAAACAGUUCGAUGCCGGCAUCCAGAUGAAGUUCGGGGCGGGUGGUCAGCGGAAGGGCCUGGGCGCUUGA